AUGGAGAUUCGUAUCUUCUCCGAUUUGGUAAACAAAGCAAGGGUGGUUGAGGAGUAUGCCAAGAUAGUGGCGGCAUCCAAGGAGACUCAUGGAGGAAAUUCUAGCAAGGGACGUGGCAAGUAUUUCCAUCCUAGGGGUCCAAGCUUCAAAAGAGGGGGAUAUGCGCCUCAAGGGCAAGGAAGCUUCAGAAAGAACACUCAUGACCAGUUUCAGCGUGGCAGAGGAAGAGGAAAUCAUAGUAAGAAUUCUCCGGAUUCGGCUUGUGUGCGUUGUGGACGUUUUCACCCGUAUGACUCAUGCAAGAUUGGUUUAGGUGGUUGCUUCAACUGUGGAUUACCUGGUCCUAUUGCAAAGAACUGCACGCGUGGGAAGAACCCGAAUGCGGGUCAAGGUCAACAUCAGGGGCGAGUCUUUGCUGUGAAUGCCAAGGAUGCUUCCAAGGUGGAUCCGUUGAUGAGAGGUAUAUGUCUUAUUGGUGAUAAAACGAUAAUUGCAUUGUAUGAUACUGGAGCAUCGCAUUCAUUUAUUUCGUUUGCUAAGGUGGAGGAACUAGGCUUGAAAGUGUCAGAGUUACCUUUUGAUCUGCAUAUGAUUUUGGAGUUUGAUUGGUUGUCAAAGAAUCAGGUUUUGUUAGAUUGCUUCGAGCGGUCAAUUCAGUUUAUGCCGGAAGGAGAGAAAGGAGUAGUGAUAGCUGAAAACUUAGAUCAGAUCCCGGUGGUUAGAGACUUUCAGGAGGUAUUUCCGGAGGAUAUUCCUGAAUUUCCACCUCAAAGGGAGAUUGAGUUUGCGAUUGAAUUGGUGCCAGGAGCCAGACCAGUGUCGAUUGCACCGUAUAGAAUGGCUCCGAUAGAGUUGGCAGAGUUAAAGAUUCAGUUGGAGGAGCUUUUGAAUAAGAGGUUCAUUCGACCGAGUGUAUCACCGUGGGAGCGCUAG